CUUCUCUCCAGCGAACAACCAACUUGACUCCUGACAUCAUGGCCUGCUGCGCUACUAGCUUCUGUGGCUUUCCCACAUGCUCCACUGGUGGCACCUGUGGCUCCAGCUGCUGCCAGCCCAGCUGCUGCCAGUCCAGCUGCUGCCAGCCCAGCUGCUCCCAGUCCAGCUGUUGCCAGCCCAGCUGCUGUCAGACCAGCUGCUGCCAACCUAGCUGCUGUCAGACCAGCUGUUGCCAGCCCACAUGCUGUCAGACCAGCUGCUGCCAGCCCAGCUGCUGUGGAACUGGCAGUGGCCAGGAGGGUGGCAGUGGAGGCGUGAGCUGCCGCGUUAGAUGGUGCCGCCCAGACUGCCGUGUGGAGGGCACCUGCCUGCCCCCCUGCUGCGUGGUGAGCUGCACACCCCCAACCUGCUGCCAGCUGCACCAUGCCCAGGCCUCCUGUUGCCGCCCCUCCUACUGUGGACAGUCCUGCUGCCGUCCAGCCUGCUGCUGCUACUGCUGCCCGCCCAGCUGCUCUGAGCCCAGCUGCUGCCAGCCCAGCUGCUCUGAGCCCAGCUGCUAAGAGCCAGGUUGCUGAGUAGCUAAGAAUGAAAUGGAAAGCAUGGUGGAAUUGCAUGGCUCACUAAGGAAAUGCUCUGUGCGGUGGAUGCUAAGUAUCUCCAUGUUGCUAACCUGCUCAUCAGUAGUGGAGCUAUUCAUCGGGACCCCCACAGCUAUGCUGAAAUUGGUGCACUGAAAACAUGCCUCAAGCAGCAUGUUCAAAGGACUCUGCUUUGCUUAGGCAGAGCACCAGGAUGGGGCGAUACUUCAUUCUAGUGACAUGUGGACUUCCUUUCCUAGUUCUUGGUCCUCACACAUCUUUAGCCAUGCUUUCUACUUGAAUAGUCCCUGUUGCUCUCAAAUAAAGUGUUUUUGUGCACAAGUGAAUAGAUUUCUGUUCAUCUUCUAAUUUUAAGCUGCUCACCUAUAGACAAUAGUAAUCUUCAGGCAGAGACACGUAAUCUAAACAAAAUUUGUAUGAAAAUUCGCUUAUGUUUGAAUCAUCUACUAAUAAAAAAAAUGUUCUGUGCAUUAAAAAAUCUUCAUGGCUAUUUACAUAUGUGAAUGUUUUAUUAAAAUGAACCCAGACAAAUAGAA